GAAGGGUCUAGGGUUGCACUGAAGCAGUCAACCGCUGCAGUUCCGAAAUAUAAAGGCCUCCCUUGUGCUCCCGGCUGUACCCCGUCAUCCUGGAGAGGUAUUUGCCCUCAUCAAUUUAAUUGCGGCGUGGUGCUAGUCCCCGCUCCUUUCGGACGCUUAAUUCCUAACGCGCCCCAUCUAGCUUUCCCUCCCUCCAUUCCUUCUCUCAACACCCCUUCUUACUAGGAAAACUGUCGAGGUUUCAAGAAAUCGACAUGGCGGAUGCGGAGAAAACCCAAUAUACUGUCGGCGCGGAGUCGCCGAAUGGCAACAAUGAUAUAAAAGGUGUUAUUGCCAGAAAAGGAGGAGCGGUCGACGAGGCAGCUGAUUUGUAUGGCGAUAUUCAGACUGCUGAAGAGUACGGAUAUGUUGAGCGAGGUCUCAAGUCCCGACACAUCCAGUUCAUUGCUCUUGGUGGCACGAUCGGUACCGGUCUUUUCCUUGGUAUCGGCAGUGCUUUCGCCCAUGCUGGCCCACUUUCAGUUCUUCUUGGCUAUACAUUCACCGGUGUUGCUGUAUUCGCUAUGAUGCAGUGUUUGGGCGAGAUGUCCACCUGGCUUCCUCUUCCUGGUGCCAUUCCGCAGUACUGUGCUCGAUAUGUUGAUCCUGCUCUUGGUUUUGCCGUCGGUUGGAAUAAUUGGUAUCAAUGUGCCAUUACGCUCUGCGCCGAAAUCUCCGCCGCCACAGUCCUCGUUACCUUUUGGGAUCAAGAUACAAGCAUCAACCCCUCCGUCUGGAUUUCUAUCAUCAUCGUACUGAUCAUUUGCCUGAACAUCUUUGCAGUUGCCAUCUACGGGGAGGCGGAGUUCAUCUUCGCUAGUAUUAAGAUCAUCACCAUCCUGGGCUUGCUUAUUCUUGCGCUCGUCAUCGACCUCGGUGGUGGGCCCAAGCAUAAUCGCCUUGGUUUCCGAUUCUGGAGGCAUCCUUACGCCGCUAUGAAGCAGUAUGUCGGCACCGGUAAUACUGGCCGCUUCACUGGUUUAUGGUCUACCCUUGUCAACGCUGCCUUCUCGUACGGAGGUGUAGAGAUGGUCGCCGUUGCAGCUGGUGAAGCUACAAACCCGCGCAAGAAUAUUCCAAAGGCCGUCCGACGUGUUUUCUGGCGUAUCUUGUUCUUCUAUGUCCUCGGUUCUCUCGCAAUUGGCGUAACUGUCAGUAGCGACGACCCGCAGCUGACCAAUGACAACGCAAAGGGUGCUCAGAGCUCGCCUUGGGUUAUCGCCAUCAAGAAUGCUGGUAUUCCGGUGCUCCCGCAUAUCAUCAACGCUGUGAUCUUGACCUCGGCCACUUCAUCCGGCAACGCCUUCUUAUAUACCGGCUCCCGAUAUCUCUUCGGUGUUGCCCAGAACAGACAGGCUCCCAGAUUCCUCCUCAAGUGCUCCAAGAGCGGCGUGCCGUACUACUGCGUCGCCGCCACCGCAGCGAUAUCUUUGCUCACCUAUAUGAGUGUGUCCACUGGAGCAAACGAUGUCUUCCUAUGGUUCCAAAACCUCACCACAAUUGCCCAGCUCUUUACGUGGUGCUGCAUUUGUAUUGCGUACAUUCGCUUCCGCGCCGCUCUUCUUGCUCAAGGAGUUGAUCGGGAUACGCUUGUUUUCAAGUCGCCAUGGCAGCCAUAUACUGCUUAUUGCGCUCUCGGGUAUUUCGGACUCAUUAUCUUCUUCAACGGCUUCAAGGUCUUCACGCAAACACCAUGGGGAUCUGAUCAGCUCACUGAUUUCUUUACCGCCUAUAUCGGUGUCCCGAUCUUCUUCUUGCUCUACGCAUUCUGGAAGAUCCUCAAGCGCGAUCCCUUCGUUAACCCUGCGAACGCGGACAUUUGGAGUGGCAAAGCUGCAUUGGAUGCAGAGGUGUGGCCGGAACAAAUUCCAAGAAACAUCUUCGAGAAGAUCUGGUUCUGGGUUGCAUAAAUUGGAAGCGAAUUUCUGGGUUCAGUUCCUGAGGAGUCUAUAAUAUAUUGUGUGGGCCGUUCAUUCGUUACUGCCAUCGUUUGCCAUGUCGACACUCGUGUAGGAUCUAUGGCGUCGUGCUGGGCUCGUCUCGUGAGGUCAUCUUAAUAUACCAUGAUAUUGACUUUAAGA